AUGGCUGAGUAUGAAGCUUGCAUCCUCGGUCUGAAGAUGACAAUUGAUAUGAAUGUCCACGAGUUGCUGGUUAUUGGAGAUUCAGAUUUGCUGAUUCAUCAGAAGUUGUGCAAGAGAUUUCGCAAGAUUGAGUUCAGACACACUCCCAGGACACAAAAUGAGUUGGCCGAUGCUCUUGCCACCAUCGCAUCAAUGAUUAAGCAUCCUGAUACAAGUUAUAUUGAUCCAGUGAAUAUAGAGGUAAAAGAACAACCUGUUCAUUGUUCAUACGUCGAAGCGGAACCAGAUGGCUUGCCGUGGAGGACUCCAGAUUUAGAUCUUCACAGAUGUGUUGAUGCUAGUGAAGCUGCGAAGCUUCUGGAACAAAUACAUGCCGGAGUUUGUGGUACUCAUAUGAAUGGACUCACUUUGUCGAGGAAGAAAUGUCAUAAAUGUCAAGUGCACGGAGAUUUGAUUCGAGUGCCGCCUCACGAACUCAAUGUUAUGAGUUCGUCUUGGCCGUUUGUAGCUUGGGGCAUGGAUGUCAUUGGCCCAAUAGAGCCAGCCGCCUAUAACGGACAUAGAUUCAUUUUGGUUACCAUUGGCUACUUCAUCAAGUGGGUGGAAGCAGCUUCGUACAAGUCGGUGACCAAGAAAGUUGUAGCCGAUUUUGUUCGCAAUAAUUUGAUAUAUAGGUUUGGAGUGCCAGAAUCCAUCAUUACUGAUAAUGAAAUGAAUCUCAACAGUCACUUGAUUAGAGAAAUAUGUGAACAAUUCAAGAUUACUCACCAGAACUCAACCGCCUAUCGUCCCCAAAUGAAUGGAGCGGUAGAAGCUGCCAACAAGAACAUAAAGAAGAUCUUAAGGAAAAUGAUUGAUAAUUGCAGAGGUUGGCACGAGAUGUUGCCAUAUUAUUUGUUGGGUUACCGAACGACUGUCAGGACAUCAGUUGGAGCUACUCCAUAUUUGUUAUUAACAUUGAUUGAUGAGAAGAGAAUGGUUGUUGUUUGUCAAGGACAACUGUAUCGACAGAGAAUGAUCUGUGCUUUCCACAAGAAAGUAAGAGCCAGAAUAUUCGGAAUUGGUCAGUUAGUUCUCAAACACAUUUUCCCUCAUCAAGAUGAGUAUAAAGGGAAAUUUGCACCAAAUUGGCAAGGACCCUACAUGGUUCGCAAAGUGUUAUCUGGAGGUGCCUUAGUCCUGUCGGAGAUGGAUGGCAUCGAAUGGCUGAAACCGAUCAACUCAGAUACUGUCAAGAGAUAUUACAGGAAGAAAGCGGCGCUGGUGGUACUCGUCGGAGCACUGAAUCACAGUGGAGUGAAAGAGAAGCGAUGUUGGUGGUGUACGCCGGAGACCACUGUUUCACAGUGGCGUGAGAAAGAGAGAGGCGGCACUGGUCAAUGUAGAGGAGAACAAGGUGGGUGA